AUGGAUACAUCCACCACCCCGUCCGCACCACAGCGCCCGCACUUCAAGCGGCCUGUGUACGUUCCCCCCGUGAAGGGAAAUAUUGGUAAAUGGUACCUCCCAACCAUGGGGAUGAUAGCCCUCGGCUUCGGUGUCUACAAUUACUUCAACGCUCCCACUCCCGCACACAACCCCGAGGAAACAGAGCGCCUCCGCCGAAACAAAGCAUUGAUGGACGCAUACGGAGACAAGGAGACCUUACAAGACAUCGAGCGCGCGUUCGCCCUCUAUGAGAUUCAGUAG